CAAAGUUUUGAAUUUUAAUAAACCAAGAUUUUAUUGUGUUUAUCAGAAGGCAGGUAGGGGGUGGUGAUGGGGGACACCAGUUUCAAAGUGUAGCCCAAAACUUUUAUUUUAUCUUUCCACAACUUUAAAUUCACAUUUUGACAACUUUUUGAGUUAGACUAGCUUUUACAUGUUCAGAACCAAAAGUCUCCUUUUCUGGGUUAGACUAAUGUACAUUACACUUUCAUUACUUAUUAGUCUCAUUUGGGCAAAUGUUUUUACAAAAUAUUGAUUUGAAUGAUGAAAAUGAUCUUAAAACAUUGUUUUUUAUGGGUAAGAUCACUUAUUUUUUAUUCUUGUUACAAUCAAAAGUAAGCCAUUAUUUUUGUAAAUGCUGUAAAUUUAUUUGCAAGUUGUUUAUUCCAACUUUUCGCAGCGUUUUUAACUCUUCGCUUGACAACAGCAGCUCCACAAGGGUCAACGACGUAUUUAACUUGAUUUUAUACAAAUUACUAUGAGCACGUCUGAAAGUAGACCCAUGAGCUUGAACAAAAGCAUUGCUGACAUCAGUUAAUGUCAAGAUUAUAAACAAAACAGAAUUACCGCAAGAGACAUCUUAUUGUGUCUACAACAACCCAGACAAAUAGAUUCCUAGCAUUCAAAAAGUGGAGACAGGAACCUCCACAACAGAGGACAUUUUUUAGUUAGAGACUCUUUGGUUGUUUCUCCGAGCAUUCCAUGGUCUGAUCUUAAGGACUUGCUGGGGUAUCCUCUGCUGGGAAGAUUGUCAAUUCUUUUAAAUGUGAUUUUUGUGAAUGAUCUUUUCAUUGUUAAUUGAUGUCUUUAAAUUGGAAGGAAAUGAUCCCAUAACCCUCCCAGUUUGAUGGGCAGCAAUAGCUGCUUCUCUUAGAUCGAUGCUGAUGUCUUUCCUCCUUGACAAUGUGCUAACACUGACCUGCUGCUCCAGAACAGCAAAAUGUCAGAAAGUCUUACCAGAGAUGCUCAUUAAAUGAUGAUUAAAUGCAUUGUAUUAGCAGCACCUAGCAGCUGCUAAUCAUUACUUUUCUAAGAGCACGUAACAGUGGAAUUAGUUUGUGUUGAUGCCACACUGGCCAUAUUUUCUAAAAACAAAACAAAAAAACAAACAAGCAAAAAAAAAAAAAAAAAAAACAAACAAAGAAAAAAAAAAAGAAAAAAAAGAAAAACUAAACAUACUGAAAGUAAAUAAAGAAUUGCUCCACAAGCAGCAUUAUUAUUAUUCAUGUUCUUGGUUUCUUGGGACAUGUAGAGAGCUCAAUGUAUUCUUAGUUCUGAAAUGUUUGUGUCCGUUAAUAUGCCUGCAACAACUGCAAUAAACCAAUGAAAUGGAUUUUUUUUUAUCUUCUUGUGAGUAUCAGGGUCUAAGUUUCAGCAAAAGUUGAAAAUAAACACCAUUGUCCCGUUGUAUUAUCAGUAGGUAAUUAUAUCAGUCAUUUUUUUCAGCCCUUAUUAUGUCUGAUACGGCUCUAAUGGUUAAAUAAAUAUCAACAUGGUGCUACAUUUAAAACCAUUUUGCUCAUCUGUUAGAGAAAAGUCAACUUCAGUAAGAUGAAAAUGUAUAUUGUAUAACAUGUUAAAUGUAUAACUAUGUGAUAUGUGUAUUAAAUAUGCAUGGCAAUCUAAUGUUAACAUGUCAUAAAACAAUAUAAGAACAACAGCAGGCAUUUCUCUCUAAAUUCUUCCCCCUUCUGUUUCAUAUUAUUGUUGUGUUUAAAACUCUCGACUCUUUCCUGUCUGUGGUGGAGAAAGUGACUAAGCCACUUCCUCCACGACAGGCGAAAACUUAUUUUCAGUUUAGGCAUGUUAGUGGGAAAUGUUUUAUCCGGGUGUUUAUCAUAAGUUUGAAAUACCAUAUGAAUAAAUAGUUUUAUACACAGGCCUCGUGUCUUUGACUCCCGCUCCUCUGAGCAGAAGGGUCUCAGAAUCAAGUCAAGAUUCAAGAAAAGGGGGGUGGGGGGGGGGGGGGGGAAAAAAAAGAAAAAAAGCGGUUGUUGGUCCCUGAAACGAAACUAAAACUCGUUGAGGAGGGAAGGCUUGAAAAACAUCACAAUAACAAUACCGUUUUAUUGAUGUUGCGCCAGCAGAACUAGAAGAUCCUCAUCACUCCAUGUCAAUCCUGUACCAGUUUGUUUCUGCUUUUAUUACAUUUUCAGUAUCAUCAGUAAGUCUCAAAGAUGAGCCUCCAAGUUUGCCAUUGCUGUGGCUGGUCCAAAGUGACGACCUACCAGGGCCUGAGGAUCCACCAGGGUAGGAUGGGAUGCACGCCGAAGGGUAUAAGGGUUACAGAGCCUGAACAGCAGUACAUGUGGGGCUAUGUGGGACCACCAAAAGUCCAAGUGGAUCUCAAGGUGGAUGUUUGUAGCUCUUUUAAGACAGAAACUAAAGACCAGAGUCUCCAGGUUUGUCACUGUGGCUGGACUAAAUUCACAACUUAUCAGGGGUUGAGAAUUCACCAGGGGAAGAUGGGCUGUACGCCAAAGGGAGUGAGGAUCCCAAAGAAAGAGCAGUACAACUGGGAGAUGUGCUGGGAAGAUGAGGCGGAUUACGAUAAAUAUCCUCAAACAAAGAGAGUCAAUAUCAAGAAAGAGACUUUGCCAGAGAUUCCGAGGAUGAGCAACAGGAGAGACGAAUACAAAUCAUCUUCUAUGGCUCCUCACCGCUCCUCCCACAGAACAACAAGGUCAAAGUCAGGCCAAGAGAAGCUCUCCACCCAUCUGCAGGUCAACAGACCAGUUAGGGAGCAUUCAGUAGCAGCAAACCCUGAAGAUGGAUUCUGUCUUAAGAAGAAAAAUAUAAAGCGUCAGCCAUUACCAGAGAAUACAUUGAGUGGAGACAUGAAGGGCGUAUGGAGCGCUGAACGCUACAAUGACUACACAGUAACAACAGUCAGAACCAAGGAGGAGCCUGAGGACUGGUUUGCAGCUCCAGAUGUGUCUCUCCAAACCACUGCAAAGAUAAAGUCGAGGCCGUGGCUGCAGGAUUACUCCCCUGAGAUGUACACGGAGACUCCGACUGCUUCAGCAGUCAGACCAAAGAAGAGACACCAGUGGGCUCAGACACCGUCACAGGGUAUGGUUGGCAAGCAUCCACCAAUCAUUCACUCAGAACCAGAUGUCCAAUCAAAGGACAAACAGAGGCAGGAUCAAACAUUUUCACUGGUGAACAGAUCAGCCAGAGAACAGCCACCAUCUCCACCUGUGGUCCUACCUAGAAAGAAAGAUUCCCUUUCACUGAACAUAAAUCAAGAGGAAUCUGAUUCAAAGGUGGAAAGAUCAGUCAGAGAGCAGCCAUCAUCUCCACCUGUGGUCCUGCCGAGGAAGAAAGAUGCUCCUGCAUACGUGACAGAGAGAUCUGAGAGGUUUUCUGUGCAAGAAAUUCAGAAUAUGUUACAGAGAAAGAAUAAGAUGAGAGAAGACAACAGUGACAUCAAACCACCGGGGCUGGGCAGUGAGAAUGUUCUGGUCUCAUUGAGGAUCAAUUCACCAACAACAGCAGCGAUAACGGAGGAGAAAAAGUCAUCUUUUACGCCCCAACCUGAAGACGCUAAACCAGACCAUCAACUGCAGGAUUUCCCUGCUGCUGAGCAGGCAGAGCAUCAUCAUCAACAUUUUCAGGUGAACAGAUCAGUCAGAGAGCAGCUACCAUCUCCACCUGUGGUCCCACCAAAGAAGAAGGACUCACCUUUACUGAAGAUAAAUCCAGAGAUAUCAGAUUCAGAGUCUGACCAAGAAAUUCAGGAUUAUUUACAAGGAAAAAAGAUGAUUGUAGAAACUUUAAAGGACAUCGACAGACCAGUGGAGACAGCCCAUGAGAGGACGAAUUCACCAACAGAAGUUUCAUUCAUAAAGGAGAACAAGUCACCUUCUACUCCACAACCCUCCUUCAGAAAACCCACAAACCCAAAAGCUGCCCAUCAGCUGCAGGAUUUCUCUGCAGCUGAGCAGGGAACCAAAUCGGUCGUGAGACAUUCAAAGAUUCCACCUGUGGUCCCGCCUAAGACGAAGGACUCGGCUUUAGUCAAGGUCAAUCAAUCUGAAUCAGAGAUUACCAAAGAUACAAGUACUCCCACCAACAUAACAGCAGUGGCAGAUGUCUCAGCAACAUCCCAUAAAGCUGCACAGUCUGGUUUAUCCACUGGCGUAAAGGUGAAAGACCUGGUCAGGAGGUUUUCAGUUACCACAGCACAAGAAAAAGCGCCUCCACCACAGGAGGAAUUCAGAGAGGGACGCAAACGGUCACAGGAUGCCACACGAACAAGUACCAUCACCCCCACAGCAGCAGCAGCAGCCUCAAAGAAAGAGGAUCCAUCAUCAUUGUGUCAAGCUGCACAGUCUCAGUUUUCCACAGGCGUGAAGGUGAAGGAAUUGGUUCGGAUGCUUUCAGUCCAGGAAGCAGCAGUCCGGCCAAACGAGAAACACAGAGAGGAGGAUGAAUCCUCGCAGGUAAAAAAGGAAGCAAAUUCAGCAGGAAGUAAGGACACCAAAAUGAAUUUUUCUGCAGAACAUCCAUCAGCGGAUCCCACAUCAUCACGUGAAACCGAACAGCUCUCAGGGUUUUCCUCUGGUUUGAAGGUCAAGGAUCUGGUGCAGAUGUUUGCAGCUGCAGCAAAAAAAAGCAGCACGGACAAAGGAGAAGCAAAAAGAAGCCGAGAAGCUCGGAGAGAUGGGCGGUUUUAAUGCCAAGUGGCCAGAGAUGAUGAACAGCGUGAAGGAGGCAAACCAGCAGUCUCUUGAUUUUUCAUCCACCUGAAUGACAUGAGCACAGCCUGAAAGCUGGUGAAGCCAGCUUGUACUUUAAUGUGGUUUACCAUUAUUAAUAGACAUAAAUAAAUAGGUUGUAUUGCUUCAAAUAUGCAGGUUUGUGUUUUACGUUGGUAAUAAUGUGAUAUUAAAAGAGAAAAGGGGAACGUGUUAUUGCUGAGUUAUUUGAGGUGAAGUCCAGAAGCUCAGCUCUACACCAGAGGUGGUGUUUUUCUACAUGUUUAAUUUGAAUAGAAAAUGUGUUUUUAUGUUAGUUUUGCUUUUAUAACUUGUUUCUGUUGCUCCAAAAACUCACCACAGGUUGUUAAUUUGUGACAAACGCGGACAUAUAAGCCAUACGAAAUGGGGGGAAAGACUUUGACAUUAAGUAAAAAUUGUAACGAUCAUACAGCUGAAAGAGAACAGCUGGAAUGGCUGCAUUUUUUUUUAAUAAACUACUCGUGUGAAUCA